UCAGCGCUGCCAAAGCUGAGAUGGGGCACCUGAGGAUCUGCGCUCUUUCUGCUGUUUUAUCAUGGCUACUUUUCGCACACUCCUCUGCAGAUUUGCCCAUGUGCAAACCGUCUGAUUAUCACUUUGAGUAUACAGAGUGUGACGUACUCGGGUCAAGAUGGAGGGUAGCGAUUCCCAACAAAGCAGAGACCUGCACUGGCCUCCCGGAUCCAGUCAAAGGGACUCUCUGCACAUUUUCUUGCAGAGAAGGAGAGUUCCUCGACAUGCAGUCGCAGCAGUGCCAGAAGUGCACUGCAGGCACCUACUCUUUGGGAACCAGCGUUGCCUUUGACGAGUGGGACAUCCUACCAACGGGCUUUAUUACUCAUGGCAUGACGACAAGUGAGGGGAAUGCCUUUAUAAACUGCUCCAACUCUACCUGGACACCAAAGGGUGACUAUGUAGCCUCCAACACAGAUGAGUGCACUGCAACACUCUCUUAUGCUGUGAGCCUGAAGACACCUGGAGCCUUGUCCUUUGAAUAUUUCUACCCGGACAGCAGCAUCUACUUUGAGUUCUUUGUUCAGAACGACCAAUGUCAGGCCACAGAUUCUGACAGCCGCUGGAUGAGGACUUCAGAGACGAACUGGAGCCACUACAAGAUAGAGCUGAGCAGAGGCAACAAUGUCCUGUACUGGAGAACCGCAACAUUUUCUCUGCUGGGUAGUGCUGUCAAGCCGGUGCUGUUAAGAAACAUCCAGGUCUCAGGGGUUGCCUACACAUCUGAGUGUUUCCACUGUAAGCCAGGCACACACAGCUCGACAGCAGGAUCUGCCCGCUGCACCCCCUGCCCUGCAGAUACGUACUCCAACAAGGGAGCCACCGUUUGCCACGACUGUGAAUCAGACAGCUAUGCUGCACCCGGCUCAGGGAGCUGCAAGCCAAGGCCUGCAUGCACGGAAAAUGACUACUUUUACACCCACACCCCGUGUGACUCUGAGGGAAAGACUCGGCUCAUGUACAAAUGGAGCGAACCAAAGAUUUGCAGUGAGACCGUCGAAGGAGCGGUGAAGCUGCCAGCGUCAGGGAAGAAGCAGACGUGCCCGCCGUGCAACCCGGGCUUCUUUGUGACUAACUCCUCAGCGUGUGAGCCCUGCAGCAACGAUUCCUACUCGGAUGGCAAAGUUUGUGAGAAGUGCCCUAUUGGCACAGAGCCAUUGCUGGGAUUUGAGUACAAAUGGUGGACCACCAUGCCGAGGAACAUGGAGAGCUCCGUCCUCCACCAGGAGUUCAGCAACUCGGACCGAAGAACAGCAUGGGAAGUGGCUGGAGAGUACAUCUACACCACACCAGGGGUUCAGGACACCGACUACCUGACGCUGACCCUCUAUGUUCCUGGAUACAGGGCUCAGGCCACGGGUAAAGACACUGAGAUGAGUGAACUGUCUCGCAUCACCUUCGUAUUUGAAACCCUCUGUACGGCUGACUGCAAAUUUUACUUCCUAGUGGGCUACAAUAAGUGGAAUAAUUAUUUGGUGGAGCAGUGGAAAGGCAGAAACGGCAAGCAGUCGUACUCCUACUCGAUCCAGAGUAACAAGACAGUCAGCUUCACCUGGACCUUUCUACGCACUGAGGAUUUCAGCAUGGACAGGAACUUUAGCACCGACGCUGCAAAGAUCUACUCCAUCCACAUCACCAAUGUGAUUGGAGGAGUGGCCUCUCAGUGUCGCCGCUGUGCUGUGACGCCUGAUAAGACCGAUUCCUCCUGUGUUCCCUGCCCACCUGGACACUACAUGGUCAAUGCCACGGGAGCGUGUGAGAGCUGUCCGCCCAACACCUACAUCAGAUCCAGUCAGCCCGUUGGAGAGGCAGCGUGUGUCCAGUGUGGGCCAAACACAGAGAGAAACAGGGCCUACACAGCUUGUCUCAGCGACUGCACACUCAGGGUUCAAAGUGGUGGGAAGGCUGUGCAGACCUACGAUUUCUCUCCGCUGUCUAACGUCACCGGCUUCACCGGCAGUCCGCGUUUCACCAACAGAGGCCUGCGGUAUUUUCAUCGCUUUAAUCUGAAUCUGUGUGGGAGAGAGAGUCGAGUGCCAGCCUCCUGUGUGGACAACGUAACGGAGAGUGGGAAAGUGGUCAAAGGCUACGUCUGUCAGUCCACUGUGGUUCCUUCUGACAUCCGCAGUCUGAGCAUGGUGUCCUCACAGCCAUUCGUCAUUGGUGACACGCUCAUUGGUGUGACCACCGAGACGACUCUGGGAGGCAUCUCCUCUCCAUCAUGGAUGUUCCCCUCAGCUUCACAUCAGCUGCCAGAUGUCAUAUUCUAUUACAAGUCCAGUGAUACAACCCAAGCUUGCAAACAGGGCAGGUCAGCCACGGUCAGACUUCGAUGCAACCCCACAGCCAGCAUUGAAGACCUCAUCACGCUGCCCAGUAAAUGUUCUGAGGGGACAUGUGACGGUUGCACUUUUCACUUCCUGUGGGAGAGCCAGCACGCAUGCCCGCUGUGCACCCCAGAUCACUACCGAGAGAUUGUCAGCGCUUGCAUCCAGGGGAUCCAGAGAACCACCUAUGUGUGGCAGCAGCCUCUGCAGUGUUAUGGAGGAGAAUCCCUGCCACCACAAAAAGUCAGCGCUUGUGUGACUAUGGAUGUCUGGCUCAAGCUCGGCGUUUCCAUAGGACUGAUUGCUGCUCUGCUUCUCAUCAGCCUCAGUUGUUAUUUUUGGAAGAAGACGCGCAAGCUGCAGUAUAAAUACUCCAGGCUGAUGAUGAGCUCUGAAGGUAAAGAGUGUGAGCUACCGACUGCUGACAGCUGUGCGAUAAUGGAGGGAGAGGACGCUGAGGACGACCUCAUGGAUCUCACUCAUAAAUCCUUCUUUACCAAAAUAAAGUCUUUCUCGCGAGAGAGAACAUCAGAUGGAUUUGACUCAGUUCCACUCAAAUCUUCUUACCAGCACCAACAAGAGGAUGAAGAGGAGGAGGAGGACUGAUGAUGCUGAAAGAGGAUGAUAAGUAGCUCUUUGAACACUGAAGAAGCCUUCAGUUUUAGAGUUUCAAUGUCUGUGCAUAUCUUAAGAGUUUUUGUAAAGUAAAACAGAGUACUUAACUAGUUUCAAAUAUUUUUUCUUACAAAUUUCACUGAUAAUGUUUAUUUUCUAUUCUAUAUCGCAUGAUAAAAUUCUAAAUCUGAAGUUAAAGUUCAAAAUGCCUACGCAGGUAUUCACUGUGAUUCUUAAACACGACCGAAACCUGAUUGCAGUUACGUUUUAUAUGGAUUUGUAAAGCCGAUUAUUUUAAGGUAUUCAAAAUGGAGAUACAUUUAUUUGCCCUCUUGUCAUUAUUUAAUUUUAUCAGUUUGCUUUUUAAGUUUCAUAAAGUUAAUUUGCCAGUAUAUGAAUUUAAUUUCGUACUGAUGUUCCAUGUACCUUGUAAUGUAAAUUCUUUAUUGUUAAAUACAAUAAAGAAGGACAUUCUAAGUAUCAUCAUCAACAGUUGAUAUGACCAUUUAUUUCUUGUUGUUGUCAUUGUCGGCCCAGAUAAUAUAAUAAAAUGGUUUAUUUAAAGUUUUUUCACCCGCUAUUGAGGCAUACUUUUACUUAUAUUUUUACUUCAGUUACAUUUUACUGUUGUGGAUAAUAUGAAAACUGAAAUGAUUGAAAUGGAGAUUGUAUUUGGUGUCUCAUGCAACUCCAACUCUGAGUUUGAGAUGCAGGCUGUAUAUGAGAAGGAUUUACAACAUCAGAGAUUUCCCCCCGUCUGGAUGAGGUGUCGUUAUUUUUCACAGUUUUUCAUAAUGUUGAAUGUGGUUGUAUUAUGUCAUUUGUUUUUAAAUCAGGUUAAGCUCUUUACUCAGUCAAGUUUGUUUUAGCAUUAUAUGAAUUUAUUUAGUUUUUACUGCUGUCUUCUACAUUAUCACAUAAAAAAAUAUAUCAUCAGCAGUUAAAUUGAAAAUGUAUGCUUCCUUUGAGUGCUUAUUUUAAAAUGUGUUAUUUGAUGGAUUCAGCUAAUAAAUAUUUUCUUUUAAACCCAU